UUUCUGUUCCUAUAAAUAAGGUGUAACCAUUAUUUAAAGCAAAAUUUAAAAGCUGUCUUGAAUUCCAUCCAUGUUUAGAGGUAUAUUCAGAUAAUAUUGUUUAGAGAUUUAUCCCUCCACAUCUGGUUGUUUUAAGUAGAAUUUUUACUUCUAAAAUCCAUCAUGGUGCUUUUGAAAACUUAACUCCAUAUGCUAUUUCCAAUUUAGUGUGACUUUGUACACUGUGUUUUAAAUUAUUUUUGAGGACUCCAUAAUGGAAAUAUAUAGCCAACUACAUAUAACUAUAAGUAGUUCUUCUAAAAUAGAUAUAUGUAGUCAGCUUUCUAAGAGAUAAUUUUAGCGGUGUCAGUGAGAAAGAGAGGAUACAAAGGGAAAAUGUGUGAAAGUUGCGGUUCAUAUCAAAAUUAAUUGAUUAGAGUCUAGUAAUUAAAUAUGGCAAAUUGAUGAACUUUAGAGUAAAUUUUUCAUUUUUUAGUUGUAAGGAUUUUUUUUUCUUUUUAGUGUCUAAGAUUAUUUUAGUGUUACUGUCAUUUUUAUUAGGCAAUUAAGAUGUUUAUAAGCAAGACAUUUAGGCAUUAACUACCCCUCUUCAGAUAAGUAUACAUAAAUUGGUUCUAAAAGUCAGGACUUUAAGAAGUUUCCUGAGACAAGGGAACUUUUUUUGUUAGUGAUUCUCAAAAAUUUUAGUAGUUUCACAAGGCAUAUAUUUUGGAAUUGGAUUCUUUUAGGCAUCUCUGGCCUGGUUGGUGAGAUGUCUUUUUAACCAGCUGGGUGUAGGCAUCCUUUUAAAUUGAGGCUGAUUACAUGGAAUAGGCUUUUGGUUUUUUCUGUCUACUUGAUAUUGAAUGGAAUUUAUUGGAAGGUUAUCAAAACUGUUUGCAUCACCAGUAGGUAGUUUUAGUAACCAGGAGCACUCAUUAAGGAACAAAUUUCAAUUCGCACAUAUUUGUUUUUUCUUUUUCUUUUUUUUGACUAAUUUGGUUAUUUGCCAUUUCUGGGGAUUAAACUUUAAAAAAUGUUCUUCUUUUCUGUAUCUGAUGUUCUGUGUGCUAUUAGUGAUGCAGCCAACACGAACGGUUGUCAUGUGUAACACAACUUUCGAUCACCGCGAAAACACCGUCCUGGGAAAGCGUCCAUGCUUGAUAUCGUUUGGUUCAUGAACAUUAAGUUUCCAGUACAGGUAAAAUUCCAGAGGAAUCCAAAGCCCUCUCUUUAUUGGCUCCUGCUCCAACCAUGACAAGUCUAAUGCCUGGUGCAGGCUUGCUUCCCAUACCGACCCCAAAUCCCUUGACUACAUUGGGUGUUUCCCUUAGCAGUUUGGGAGCCAUACCAGCAGCAGCACUAGACCCCAACAUUGCAACACUUGGAGAAAUACCACAGCCACCACUUAUGGGAAAUGUGGAUCCUUCCAAAAUUGAUGAAAUUAGGAGAACAGUCUAUGUUGGCAAUUUGAAUUCCCAGACAACGACAGCUGAUCAACUACUUGAAUUUUUUAAACAAGUUGGAGAAGUGAAGUUUGUGCGGAUGGCAGGUGAUGAGACUCAGCCAACUCGGUUUGCUUUUGUGGAAUUUGCAGACCAAAAUUCUGUACCAAGGGCCCUUGCUUUUAAUGGAGUUAUGUUUGGAGACAGGCCACUGAAAAUUAAUCACUCCAACAAUGCAAUAGUAAAACCCCCUGAGAUGACACCUCAGGCUGCAGCUAAGGAGUUAGAAGAAGUAAUGAAGCGAGUACGAGAGGCUCAGUCCUUUAUCUCAGCAGCCAUUGAACCAGAGUCUGGAAAGAGCAAUGAAAGAAAAGGCGGUCGAUCUCGUUCCCACACUCGUUCAAAAUCCAGGUCUAGCUCAAAAUCCCAUUCUAGACGAAAAAGAUCACAGUCAAAACACAGGAGUAGAUCCCAUAAUAGAUCACGUUCAAGACAAAAAGACAGACGUAGAUCUAAGAGCCCACAUAAAAAACGCUCUAAAUCAAGGGAGAGACGGAAGUCAAGGAGUCGUUCGCGUUCACGGGACAAGAGAAAAGACACCCGAGAAAAGAUCAAGGAAAAGGAAAAAGUGAAAGAAAAAGAUAGAGAAAAGGAAAGGGAAAAAGAGAGAGACAGGGAGAAAGAACGUGAAAAAGAAAAGGAACGGGGUAAAAACAAAGAGAAAGACCGGGAUAAAGAACGGGAAAAGGACCGGGAAAAAGACAAGGAAAAGGACAGAGAGCGAGAGCGGGAAAAAGAACAUGACAAGGAGCGAGACAAGGAGAAGGAACAGGACAAGGACAGAUCGAGAGAGAUAGAGGAGAAAAGAAGGAAGGAUAAAAAAUCCAGAACACCGCCCCGGAGUUACAAUGCGUCAAGAAGAUCUCGUAGUUCCAGCAGGGAAAGGCGUAGGAGGAGGAGCAGGAGUUCUUCCAGAUCACCAAGAACAUCAAAAACUAUAAAAAGGAAAUCUUCUAGAUCUCCAUCCCCUAGGAGCAGAAAUAAGAAGGAUAAAAAGAGAGAAAAAGAAAGGGACCACAUUAGUGAAAGAAGAGAGAGAGAACGUUCAAGCUCUACAAGAAAGAGUUCUCAUGACCGAGAUGGAAAGGAAAAGUUGGAGAAGAACAAUACUUCACUUAAGGAGAAGGAACACAAUAAAGAACCAGAUUCAAGCGUGGGCAAAGAAGUAGAUGACAAGGAUGCACCAAGGACUGAGGAAAACAAAGUACAGCAAAAUGGGAGUUGUCAGCCAAAUGAAGAAAACCUCUCUACCAAAACAGAAGCAGUAUAGGACUGACAAAUGCACCUCUAAACACAUGCUGGAAUAAAAUCCAAAGCUUUUAUUUCUCUCAACAAGAUGUCAAACAGUGAAGAAAUCCAGUUGAGCAUAAAGAUACAAACUAACAGCUUUUCUAGUUGUUAGGUGACUUUGUGGCCAUCUUGUUACGGAGUAAGAAAAUAAAGCAUGGACAUCGUGAAAAUAACACAUGUGACCCAAACUCAUCUUCUAGAAUCUGUGCAUUUCCAUGGUGGCUGACACACUUGUCAUGUGGUUUGUUAGUGUUUGCCAAGAACUAUUACAAAUAGAUGGGACAUCAAAGAUCCAAAUUUGUACUAUCCAUAAAGACUGGAGAUAAGCAUUGGAGGCUCUUUUAAAAAAUGGUAGUUGCUGAAUUUUGUAUUGUUUUACUUUUUUUUCUUUUUAAAUUUCAAUAUAUACAGAUUUGAUGAUGUGCUUGAAAUCGGUGCAAAUAUAUACACACCCUUGUAAGUGCAGAGUAUGUAAGAAGUUUUUAACAUUUACUUCACAGGAUUUAUGGUGAUUGUGUUAAAUUCUCACUUAUUGUGUUUUCUUUUGCUCACUGUUUAGGACAACAGUUUUUUUUUUCUCGUUAAAAUAGUUUUACAGACUAAAAUUGCUUAACUAAGUGGUUUAACAAACAACUGACAAUGCAUGCUCCUGUUCUCUUUCAAAAGGAAGAGCACCCAUGUUGAAUACUAAUAAUAAUGUAUUAGUAUUCGGUGUUUAGAAUCAUUGGGUCUCCCCACAAAGUAAGCAUUUCUUUUUGAACUUCCUUGACCUUCCCAAGCUUAUUAUGAAUAAUAUUGCAGUGUGUGUUGUCAGCUGUAGGUGGCAAAGGUGGCAUUAUAAAAAGAAAACUGGGUUUUCAAAAUGGGCUAUGGGAGCACAAGCUGAAGCUUUAGUGCCUUCUACAGUGUGGUGUGCUGUUUUCUAGAAUUUUAUAUGUGCUAGUCAUUCUCAGUUCAUAGGGGAUGUAGAUGGAUAUUCCAUUCACUCCCAUAGAGAAGUGUGCAAGUGGUAUGUCAGAAGAGCUUCUUACAUAUUUCACCUAACAUGAGGGAAGUCCUGUUUUCAAGAAUGACUUGAGAGCUUACAACAACCAUGCAGUUUUGGGACCAUCAGUUUUAUACUGUGAUAAUUGAAAAUGAAGCAUGUUCUUACUUGACUUAAAUCAAAGUGAACACUUUCGUUGUCUCCAUUGGAUGGCCUUAAUUAUUACCUCUUAAUUAUCUUCUCAUAAAUGAUGUGCAGAAAUUCUAUGUAAAGGAGAACACAUGAGGUUAUUUGUUUUAAGGAUAUGUUUACUUGAGUUUAAAAUACAGGUCAUCCAUUACGCUUAGGCUCACUUUCUGCAGGAAGUAACAAGUAGUAAAAUGACAACAUUGCUAAUAUUUUCCCCCAAAGCCAUAACUCAUAGUUUCAGAAAUCUUUUCAUUAUUGUUUUGUUCCCCCCAAAGUUAUACCUUUUAAUUAGCAUGUUAUUAAAAAAAUCAAGUAUAAUUAUUUUAAUGCAGUCUAAUACAAUCAGAUUACUCCGUUGCCUUACCUCAUGGGAAGAAUUACUUAUAGAUUUAAAUAGCUGAGUAGCUCAUCAGUUACUUGGUUUCAACUUGAGUUUUCUUUUAAUGUUAAUACUAUU